AUGUUUGAUUUUGGAGCUCCAAAUAACAAGGAUGGUAAGCUCUACAGAUACGAUGCCAAGAGCUCCAAGGUUGAAGUCAUUGCUGAUGGAUUGCAAAUCCCCAACGGAAUUGGUUUCUCCCCCGACAACAAGGUCAUGUAUUUCAUUGAUUCGCUGACCCACUUCAUUUUCAAAUUCGACUACGAUGUGGCUACCGGUGAAUUGUCCAACCGUCGUGAAUUUAUCAGAGUCGACCCUGGUGAGCCCGAUGGAAUGACCACUAGUAAAGACGGACAUCUUUGGGUUGCUGUCUGGGGCCAGUCUUCUGUUCUAAGAUAUUCCCCUGAAGGAGAAUUGGUCGAGGUUUACAAGUUCCCUGCUGAGAGAACCAGUUGUCCUACUUUUGCAGGACCCAACUUUGACGAGUUAAUCGUCACCACUGCCAGCCUCGUCCAUGCUGAUGAGGAAGAGACUGAGGAAAAGAAGAACAAGAUCAACGGUACCAAUGGCUAUGCCAAGGACUUUGGUGGAACUAUAUUUAGAGUCAAGGUCGACGUUAGUGGCAUCCCUUCUAACAUUGUUAGCAUUUAA